GGCGAACGCAACGAACGAGCACAUCGCAACCAUGGACAAGUACCGCAAGCUCGAGCGCAUCGGAAAGGGCAGCUUCGGAGCCGCGUACCUCGCCGAAAAGAAGGGCGACGCCACGGGCACCAAGUACGUCAUCAAGGAGAUCCCGAUCGACCCGAGGGACUCGACAGCCGCGAUCCGGGAAGCGCGGCUCCUCGGCGCGCUGGACCACCCCAACAUCAUUGCGAGCAAGGAGAGCUUUGUGCUGCCAGGUCGCAAGGUCAUGUGCAUCGUGACCGAGUAUGCGGAUGGCGGCGACUUGCGCCAGCGCCUCAAGCGCUGCAUGGACGCCGGGCGGCGCCUCCCCGAAGAGGCGAUCCUCGAUCUCUUUGUCCAAAUCUGCCUCGCACUCAAGCACGUGCACGACCGCAAGAUCCUCCAUCGCGACAUCAAGCCCGAAAACAUCUUCCUCAUGGCCUCCAACGUCGUCAAGCUCGGCGAUUUCGGCGUCGCCAAGGUCUUGAGCAACACGCUGGCUUGCGCCGACACGCAGACGGGCACACCGUACUACACGUCGCCCGAGAUCUGCGUCGGGAAGCGCUACAACCACAAGACGGACGUGUGGAGCCUCGGCUGCGUCUUGUACGAGCUCGUGACGCUCUCGCAUGCGUUCAAUGGCCCCAACCAGCGACAGCUCUUUCUCAACAUUGCCAACGGAGCGUACGACACGCAGCGAUUGAGCUCCGUCUCGAGCCGGCUCGCCGCCCUUGUCCAGGACAUGCUGCGCAAGAACCCGCGCGAACGCCCGAGCAUCAACGCGAUCCUCAAAACGCCAUUGAUCCGCGACCGCAUACAAACGUUCCUCUCAGCCCAGGAGAUGCAAGACGAACUUGGCCACACGGUGCUCCACGGCCAGCACAUCUUUCAACCGCGCCGAGGUGGACCCGCGAGCAGCAAAGCGCCGGUGCCGUCGAGUCCCCGGGCCAUGAAGCAGCCGCCGCCGCCGCCGAUCCCGCAAGCCCACGUCCGGCCUCUCUUGCAGCGCCACGAGGUCAUGGCCCAGAAAAAGGAGCGCGUGCAGAAGCAGCGCGCAGACGCCGCGCUCCGCAACGCCGAAGCCAAGGUCGCGCUUGAGCGCAAGGCCCGGCUCCUCGCGGCCAAGAAGCUCCACGAGAAGAAGAACUCGCCGCCGAAGAAGGGACCGCAGGACCUUGGCCGGCGUGUCGCCGCCUUCAACGCGCAGUGGGAGCGCCAGAAACUCGACUUGGUUGCCAACUUGCCGCCCAAGUCGGCGCCCACCAAGGCCGCUGUCGAUUUCAAGCAAAAGAUCGAGGCCAAGAGGGCGGAGCUGCUCGCGGCCCAAGCCGCGCGAGACGCCUGCGACGUGCGGGCGCUGGACGACAGUAGCGUCGGUCUCGGGCCAAAGUACAAGUACCCGCCGUCGGAUCGGGACCUCUCGCGCCUCAAGAUGUGCGAGGACAUUCGCGAGCGAAAGAAGCAACUGCAGCGCGGCGAUAUCAAGCACGCGCUUGAAGAUCCCGUGAUCCUCGUGCAGGCGCUCAAGCCGCCGCCUCCCGACGUUGAAGUCAUGACCGCGCCCGACACGCUGCACUAUGGCAGCACCGUCGGCGUCAUUUCGCCGCGCAAACCUGCUUUGCGCAUUGACGCCGACGCGGCCAACGAGGACAUACGCGGUCUCGCCUUCCACGUCCAAGAGCUUCGGUCGCCCGAGGUCCAUACUGCGAGAGACGGCCGCCAAGACAUUGUUCAGCGCCACAACCAGCUCGAGUACGAGCGCAUGCUGCUGCAGAUGAAGAGCGUCAUGGAUGCUGCGUCGUCGCCGACGGCCAAUGACGACGACGACGACGACGACGACGACAACGACGACGACAACGACGACGCUAUCUCGACGCCGGACGGAGCACCUAUGGUGCUGCCGCAAGCGACGCUGGAGGACCCGGCGUUUGUGCAGCAGCUGCAGGCGCUGCUCAAGGACGCGAGCGCUGUGCCAAGUGGUCCAACGGCGCCUCUGCUCACGUGGGCCCGCGACUACGUCCAGCACGUCCUGUCGACCUAACCAACUGCAGACGACCACAUGACAGAUGACAAGACGACGACGACGACACGUCAUUGAUGUAUUGACACAACACGGUUGAUAUUCUUGCGACA